UGAAGCAUUUAUUAACUAUCAUAUUCACAAAGCAAGUAGCUUACAAAGCUACUUAUAAACAAACGACUUGAGCCACAAAAAUCUUAUAACAAAGCAAGCUAGUUAUGAGUUGUCAAGGCUAGAAGCAUGUGUUGGCAAAAAUCAUGAUGACAAGCAAGAGCUAGAAGCAUGACAAAUAAAAGCUAGAAGCAUGAGGUGUCAAGAUUAUUUUAUAUUAAGCAUGAGGUGUCAGGAUUCUCUUAUCCUAAAAAACGAGGUGUUUACCUAUCAUAAGAGUACAAUUUUAGGAGCAAGAAGAACAAGUAGCUAAUGCAAUGAAUUUACCUAUAAAUAGUGAUUGAAGUGUUAUUAUUAGUUCCAUACCAAAAAUAAGAAAUCUCUCUCUUUAUACCUAAUCAAGCUUGAAGAUAGGAAUUAACGGAAAAGCUAGGCAUAAUCAAGGCUUUGGUGUUGAUACACAGGUUUUUCAGUGCAAGUCUUGUCCUGUUUUUCAUUUUAUGGGUGUUGUCAUCUCCUGCAAGCUCAAUUCUGAACCUAAAGGGUGUCCUCUCCAUGUCAUCUUCCAUAAAAGAGGAAGUAAAGGUCGAAGUUCAUCAUACUUCAAGAAAUCAUAGUGAUUGGGAGGACCAUGGAUGGUUCUACAUUUCAGUUAGAAUUGGCUUCUUCUUAUGGGUUGCUUUGCUAAAUCUUAUAACCAUAUCUUCAACCUGGGCAAGAGUCAUCGAUGUCAUGGACAAUGAGUCAGGUUCAAGAUUGUUCGGAUUUGUUGGUGCUGGUGCUACAUUUGGCCAGCUUUUCGGUUCGUUGUUUGCUACAGGAAUGGCGUGGUUAGGACCAUAUCUGCUUUUAAUUGCUUCUCUCUUGAUGGAACUUGCUGCCCAGUCAUCAGAAAGGAUAAACAAGGAUAUAUCUCAUAGUUCUGAAGAACUAUCUCUCCUCAGAACUGAAUUUGGUCACCAGGAUGAGACUAAUGAACUAAAUAUAAAAUUGAUUCACAAAGACUCUUCGCUAAGGACUGCAAAUUCAGCUGCUGCUUCAACAAAGCUUCAGUUUUGGGCUUUACUGGAUGGACUACGGCUUAUAUGGUCCUCAACUUAUUUGUUAUGUGUGUCAUCAUAUUUGUGGCUAAGUGCAAUGACCUCUUCGUUCUUCUAUUUUCAGAAAGUAACCAUAAUCGCGUCAGCUGUUACAAGCCCAACUGGAAGAAGACAAUCGUUUGCACAGAUCAAUAGUUUUAUUGCUGUUUUUAUCCUUGCUGGUCAACUUACUGUGACGGGACGAAUUCUUACUGUUGCGGGGGUUACUACAGCUCUUUGCUCAGCACCCUUCAUUGCCUUACUGAAUUUGAUUGCUAUCGCUAUAUGGCCAACUUAUGUGGCAGUUGCUGUCUUGGAGACCUUUCGGAAGGUGGCAACCUAUGUUAUAACGAGGCCAGGAAGAGAACUACUUUUCACUGUUGUCUCACAGGAUGAGAAAUACAAGGCCAAGGUAUGCAUAGAUGUCCUUGUUCAAAGGCUUGGAGAUGCUACUGCAGCUGGAAUGUACAAGCUACUGUACAGCAGUCUUAACGGCAGAACAACCAGUGUCUCCCUCUAUGCAGUUCCCGUUUGCAUCUUAUGGAUACUAACUGGAUUCCGUUUAGGACGACGACAAACACAACUUGCAAAUUCCCACAAUCUCUCAUUCUCCUGAAUUUAGAAUAUUGAAAUCCAAUUCUGCAAUUCAGUAUGUUUGAAAUGUGUGCAGCUAGCAAUUGAUGUUCGUUUUAAGACAUGCACUUUACUAACUUUAGUGUAUAAAAUUUGGUUAGGAGUUGGUCUUAGCGAAGCUUGUAAGCAUGUACAUUGGACGUGCAGACAUCCAAAGUAUGGUUUUGACUUGUAUUUAGAUGAUUGCUGCAUAGAUUUUAUAUAUCGACUGUCGAUAUGUUUUAUUUUCCUCAA